GUGAAUGUUGAUGGGCAAGUAGGCAACAAUUGAGACUCCAACGCUACAUGGGCUGGAAUUGCACCAAGAUAAACUUUUGAAGAAAAUCAUUAGGUAAGAGAGUCGUGGUCAUAUCAGGAUCUAUAAUUAUCGAGAAAUCUCGAUUUGGUUUCACAAAUUCAUCUGCUUUUGUUUUGAGACGGUUCUGAUCGGAGAACGACUUGACUAUUUUAUGCGUCGCGAUGGCAGUUGCGUCUGAAGAAACCACCAGCAUAUGCAGUCACUGUGACAGAGCUAUACCAUCCUCAAACAUUGAUUUGCAUUUUGCUCACUGUUCCCGAAAUCUGGAAAGAUGUAAAAUCUGUGGUGAUAUGGUUCCAAAGAAACAUGCUGAGGAACAUUUCUUGAACACCCAUGCUCCGGUAUCCUGUUCAUUGUGCAAUGAAACGAUGCAACGGGAUAUUUUACCCAUCCAUAAAGGUGAGAAUUGCUCUCAAAGGAUUGUCACCUGUGAGUUUUGCGAGUUUCCACUUCCAGCAAUUGAUCUAGCUGAACAUCAGGAAGUUUGUGGGAACCGGACAGAACUUUGCCCUUUGUGCAGUAGAUAUAUUAGACUACGAGAACGGUAUAAUCAUGAAACUAGAUGCACUGGUGUCUUAGAUCAUAAUACAGAAUCAUCAAGGGACACAAGAGAAGCUGAAAGAGAGCAAGCUCCUCGGAGAAGAGAUCGACAUGAAUUUUCACAGAGACGUUUGCUCUUAACCAUAGCGAUAACUGGCAUUGCUGUUCUAUUAGGAUCACUUUUCUUCCGGAGGAAAGCUGAGGAUACUCAAGUGCAUUAGCGUCAAAGAGGGUACAUAACUACAUAUACAUGUCUGGUAUCCGUAAAUUAGUCCAAAGCUACUUGUUCUGUUCAUGUUGAUGCGUUGUGUCUGAUAGUGUUACUGGUGUUUACUGUAUUUGAAACCAUUCUGGUAUAGACUGAUGUUUCCUGUUAACGUAUUCACGCCAUUUUCUUUCGCUUGGGAACCAGGAUUUGUUGGAUUCGGGAUACAACUAUUUCAUUUCUUGAAUGAUCAACUAUUGAUUACUGACUA